AGCCUCCCGGUGUGGAAACCGGCAAACUGCUCGGCGACGGCGGCUCGGCCUCAGCGCGAUAGGAUGUGGUUAGAACCCUGAGGAACUGCAGGUUCCAGAGAGAGCGCUUUAGACGGUCGGACUGGAUCCAGAGAGCAGAUGUUCCAGAGGAGUUCAUUUUAACCCAAGGUCUGUUUCCCCAGGGAAGAGAAAAGGAGUAAAGGUAUCCACCUCUUCAAAGUACCACACUCAGCGCCUGGAUGAGGGUGCUGGAGUGACGGGUAACUCCAGGAGGCCUUCCUGGAGGAGGCUGAGGCCCCAGGCGUGGCCACCCUGGCAUAGCAAGCUAUUUCCAAAGUGACGUCCAAGACUUGGUACUGACCCUGCUUGGGUCCUGGUCGGGAAGAUGAGGCUCCUCCGCAGACGCCACAUGCCCCUGCGCCUAGCCAUGCUCGGCAGCGCCCUCAUGUUCUUCCUCUUCAUCCGGCAAAAGGAAGUAAGCAAACGGGAGCAGCAGGCCACGGAGAAACCUUGGCUGAAGUCCCUGGUAGGCCAGAAGGACCAUGUGCUGGACCUCAUGCUAGGUGCUGUAAACAACAUCAGAGAUGCCAUGCCCAAGCUGCAGAUCAGGGCUCCGGACCCCCAGCAGACUCAGCUCUCCACAAACCACUCCUGCCUUCCUGGGUUCUAUACCCCUGCUGAGCUGAAGCCCUUCUGGGAACGGCCACCUCAGGACCCUAGCAGCCCCGGGGCUGAUGGAAAACCAUUUCAGAAGAAAGAAUGGACCCCUCUAGAGACCCAGGAAAAGGAAAAGGGCUAUAAGAAACACUGCUUCAAUGCCUUUGCCAGUGACCGCAUCUCCUUGCAGAGGUCCCUGGGGCCAGACACCCGACCUCCUGAGUGUGUGGACCAGAGGUUCCGGCGCUGUCCCCCGCUGCCCACCACCAGCGUGAUCAUUGUGUUCCACAACGAAGCCUGGUCCACUCUGCUGCGCACAGUCUACAGCGUCCUGCACACCAGCCCUGCCAUCUUGCUGAAGGAGAUCAUCCUGGUGGAUGACGCCAGCACAGAGGAAUACCUGAAGGAGAGGCUGGAGCAGUACGUCCAGCAGCUGCAAAUCGUCAGGGUGGUGCGGCAGCCGGAGCGGAAAGGCCUCAUUACAGCCCGGCUGCUGGGAGCGAGCGUGGCGCAGGCUGAGGUGCUCACGUUCCUGGAUGCCCACUGUGAGUGCUUCCACGGCUGGCUGGAGCCCCUCCUGGCUCGCAUCGCUGAAGAUAAGACAGUGGUGGUGAGCCCAGACAUCGUCACCAUCGACCUUAACACGUUCAGGUUCUCCAGACCUUCACAGAAAGGCAAAGCCCACAGCCGUGGCAACUUUGACUGGAGCCUGACCUUCGGCUGGGAAUUGCUUCCUGAACACGAGAAACAGAGGCGCAAGGAUGAGACGUACCCCAUCAAAUCCCCGACGUUUGCUGGUGGCCUCUUCUCCAUCUCCAAGGCCUACUUUGAGCACAUCGGAACCUAUGACAGCCAGAUGGAGAUCUGGGGAGGGGAGAAUGUGGAAAUGUCCUUCCGGGUAUGGCAGUGUGGAGGCCAGCUGGAGAUCAUCCCCUGCUCUGUGGUGGGCCACGUGUUCCGUACCAAGAGUCCCCAUACCUUCCCCAAGGGCACCAGUGUCAUUGCACGCAAUCAGGUGCGCCUGGCUGAGGUCUGGAUGGACAGCUACAAGAAGCUUUUCUACAGGAGAAAUCUCCAGGCAGCAAAGAUGGUGCAGGAGAAUAAUUUCGGUGACAUUUCGGAGCGACUGCAGCUGAGGGAGCAGCUACACUGCCACAACUUUUCCUGGUACCUGCACAAUGUCUACCCGGAGAUGUUUGUCCCUGACCUGAACCCCACCUUCUAUGGAGCCAUCAAGAAUCUUGGCACCAACCAGUGUUUGGAUGUGGGCGAGAACAACCAUGGAGGGAAGCCUCUCAUCAUGUAUGUCUGCCACAACCUUGGUGGCAAUCAGUACUUUGAGUACACAUCCCAGAGGGACCUUCGCCACAACAUUGGGAAGCAGCUGUGUCUACACGCCAGCGCUAGCACGCUGGGCCUCAGGAGCUGUCGGUUCACUGGCAAAAACAGCGAAGUGCCCAAGGACGAGGAAUGGGAGUUGACGCAGGAUCAGCUCAUCAGAAACUCAGGAUCAGGCACCUGCCUGAUAACCCAGGACAAAAAGCCAGCCAUGGCGCCCUGUAACCCCAGUGACCCCCGCCAGCUCUGGCUAUUUGUCUAGGUCUGGGGUCAACCCCAGUGCAAAUUCAACAAGCCCCUCAGGACAUGGUGUCACCAAGCAUCUGGAUGGCUUCUCCCCGGCUCCUCUGGAGGCCCGAGAGGUGGAUUUCUAAGCCUUCUUCUUGCAACAACACUGGCGCCAUUUUCUUUCCUCCAGCAGGUCACAUACUUCUUGGCCCAAGGCCUUCCUCAUCCUCUAGAGACAAUGGCCUUUAACGCAAGCUGAAAGUUCACCCUGCAGAGGGACUGAACGUGCAGAGACCACCCUCCGUCGUUAGCACACCCUAGUGCCAAAUCGUCCUGCCUUACACAGAGUGCCUUUAUCCCACAGCAUUUGUGUACUUAUCCAUGGAAGAGACAUGAAAGGAGCCCCCACUGGACCAAUAAGAAGGUUGAGACUGAGCUGGGAUAUAGUUCAGGGAAAGGCCCUGGGAAACUCCCUAGCUCCACAGAAAACAGGAGAGAAGGAAGGCCAGGAGAGGAGAGCAGAAACAGAGUCAAGGCCCUUUCUGCAGUCACACACUUGGCAGGUGGCUCAAGCUGGGGCUAAGGCCCUGUCUUUGGUGCUGAACCAGGGCUCCAUCCAGCACACAACACUAGACCAUGCACUGCCAGCCUUGCUGGUUCUUGGCCCCCUCUGACCAUUCUGGCUGGCUGGCCUCCAGAAAGUCAGUUAGCAAGAUGGGAGACCACAUGGAAAAUUCUGGGCUGUUAGUGUUGAAAGAAGUUCAUGGGCUCAGGCAUCCGUGAGUCUCAAGGCUUAAGGCCUUGGCCCCUUUGUUCUAACCCAUAUACAAUGAGAUAAAAAACAAGGCAAGAACUAGACACGAAGGUGCAGGCUUGUAGUCUUGGUACUUAGAGACUAACACAUUUUCAGUCCAAGGCCAGACUGAGCUACAGAGUUCAACCUUGUCUCGAAAGCAAUAAAAAACAGCAUGGGAAUCUGGGAGCAGCACCUCGCAGUCCCUAACUAUGGUAGACCAAGUGUUUAAUUUGUUUUUCAGUAGAAGCUAGAUAGGUAUUUGCCCAAGGUCACCUGGCAAGAUAUUUGGUAGCUCUGAGACCAAACCCCAGAUAACACUAAUCAGAGUCCUAGCAAGUCUGAGGGAUCAGGGACGGUGUGCAGAAGACUGGAGGACGAACGCCACCAGCUGUCCUUGUUCAAGCGCCUAGGGUGGAGCUGACAUGAGAAUGCCAACCCUACUCCAAUCAACUUGGACCCCACUGUUCGGCCUGGAAGAAAAUAGAAAUGUCCAGCAAGGCUUUGGAGGGCUUCAGUAGCAAGUUGUCACCACACGAGGGAGCCGUGGGAUCACAGCUGCCCCAUGGUCCAUGCAACUGCACUUGGCAGGAAGUCUCCCGCUUUCCUUGGGAGAGUCAGGGGUGCACUAGCCAAAGGAAGCGGAACUGGUCAAGCUAUGAUCCAGGGUUGGGGAAGGGAAGAAAGACAUGCGGACCCAGCGGAAAUAAAGGUUUGAUGGUAUUGGUAGA